AUGGCUGCAACCGUGAGGCCAGCUCUCCCCCCCAAGCCCAAGAACGUGGUGUGGGUCGACGGCGACCUCGCGUCACCAGCGGGCUCGGACACCCCUCCGGCACACGGCGCCAAGGAGUUUGACCUCCCAGCUGUCAACGCCGAAGCAGACGAGUACUAUGGCCAGCGCAAGAUGUUCUCGCGGACACGGACGCUCAGCAACGCUGGCACGACGUGGAGCGCCAAGUCGCGGCCGAUGAUGAUGGACGGCGAGUACAUCCAACGUAACCGACGACUGUCGCACGAUGAGCAGGGUAGCGCGCCGCGUCGUUUCCUUGUUGACGUUGAGGAGACCAUGCGUCUCGUCCUCGCACAAGAGGACACGGACGACAAUUGCCAGAUCUCGAUCUACGACUCGGGUCCCAAGCUCAUCUCGUUAGGAACCGCAAGCUCGAACGCGUACCGCUCCUGGGACGUUCGCGGCAACUACAUGCUAACCAACCUCCUCGCCGAACUUGCCCUUGCUCGUGACUACGGCCGGCGGUUCAUUGUCCUCGACGAGGAGCGCCUCGCCGAGAACCCCAUCGACCGCCUCAGCCGCAUGAUCAAGAACUCGUUCUGGAACCACCUCACGCGCCGCAUCGAUGAGCAGGGCAUCGAGAUGGCUGCCGUCGACCCCAAGAACCGCAGCCGGGUCAACCACCCUAUCAUCUAUAUUCCCCACGGCGAGGACGAGAUGUUCGAGCACUACCAGGAAAUCUCCCGCAACCGCCCCCACCUGAAGCUCGAGGUCGUGCAGCUCCCCAAGCACUGUGAUGACCCAGAGUACGUCAAGUCGCUCAACGAGCGUCCAGGAAUCCUGGCGCUAGCGAUGAAGAAGAACGAGGCCGGCAAGCUCGAGGCUCUGCCGUUCGUGGUCCCCGGCGCCCGCUUCAACGAGAUGUACAAUUGGGACAGCUACUUUAUUGCGCUCGGCCUGCUCGUGGAUGAUCGCCUGGACCUGGCAAUGUCGAUCAUGGAGCACUUUAUUUUCCAGAUCAAGCACUACAACAAGAUCCUGAACGGCAACCGCACAUACUACCUGUGCCGUGCCCAGCCACCUUUCAUGACCGACUUGGCGUUGCAGAUCUUCAAUAACAUCGACCAGAACGACCCCAAGAACGUUGCGUGGCUGAAGCGUGCCAUCCAGGCUGCAAUCAAGGACUACCAUGUGUACUGGUGCUCGGAACCUGCCCUGCACGUUGAGACUGGCCUGUCUCGCUACAGACCAAAGGGUCUCGGCAUCCCACCCGAGACGGAAGCGUCGCACUUCACGCACAUCCUGCAGCCGUACGCAGAGAAGAACCGCCUCUCAGUCAACGACUUUAUCGAAGCAUACAACGACGGCACGAUUAAGGAGCCUGAGCUCGACGAAUACUUCCAGCACGACCGGGCGGUGCGCGAGUCAGGACACGACACGACGUACCGCUUCGAGGGCAAGUGUGCGGACCUCGCGACCAUCGACCUGAACUCUCUCCUGUACAAGUACGAGAUUGACAUUGCGAAUGCGAUCACGGCCGUAUUCAAGGAGGACCUGGAGCUCGAGGACGAGUUUGACCUCUCCCCCUGGCCAAUGACGCGUGAGGCGUUUGACGGGCCGCGCGAAAAGUCGACGUCACGCAAGCAGACGGCUGCGGAAUGGUACGAGCGUGCGCGCGUCCGCAAGGAGCGUAUCGACAAGUACUGCUGGAACGAGGGACAGGGCGCGUACUUUGACUGGAACUGCAAGAAGGGGCGGCAGGAGCGUUAUCUGUCGGCCACGACGUUCUGGCCCAUGUGGGCCGGGUGCGCCGACGAGCAGCAGGCACUCCGGCUGGUACACGUCACGCUGCCCAAGCUUGAGGCGCCCGGUGGCCUGCUCUCGGGUACGGAGGAGUCACGGGGCCCGAUCGGGCUCAACCGCCCGAACCGGCAGUGGGACUGGCCGACGGGUUGGGCGCCGCACCAGAUCAUGGCGUGGGUUGGACUGGAGCGCUACGGCUUCUCGGGCGACGCGAACCGCCUCUCGUACCGGUGGGCAUUUAUGAUUGCGCUCUGCUUUGCCUCGUUCUCCGGAAUUGUCGUCGAGAAGUGGGACGUCGCAGCCCUCUCGCAUAUGGUAGAGGCCGAGUACGGUAACCAGGGCAUGGCUGUGCGCUACAUCAACCGCGAGGGGUUCGGGUGGACGAAUGCGUCGCUUCAGAUUGCGCUCCAGUUCAUCACGACCGGCAUGCGCCGCGGAAUCGCAAACCUCGUACCCCCUUGGGACUACUUUGGCCUCGAGACGCCGACCAUGCCGGCCUUGAAGCGCCGCGAGGAGCGGGCACAGCACCAGGCUCACGCGAUCCACCGCCGUCCUAGCUCCGUACUCCGCCAGGGACCUACGUAUGAGCAGACGCUGGAGAAGCUGCGCAACCUCAAGGUCGGCGACGAGAGCCGGGCGGCGUGA